AUGACGAAAGACGUGGAAAGCAUUUUGACCCGGCUCAAGCAGCCUGACAACGCCGUUGUAAAGCAGGCCACCACUGAGCUGAAACUGGCUUUCAGAGACCCAGCGGUGAUUCCAACGCUGUGUUUGGUCAUGACUGAUUCCCAAAAAACAGAGGUCCGCCAGUCAGCCGCAGUGCUGUUGAGGAUGAGGGUGACAAAGCACUGGAAGAAAAUCAGCCCUGAGCACCGAGAGAGUCUGAAGGUUGUGGUCUUACAAGCUUUCCAACAAGAGACAGAACACACAGUGCGUCACUCUAUCUCUCAGCUGGGUGCAGCACUGGUCAGACAUGAGACUCCUGACCGCUGGCCCGCCCUCCUGACACUGCUCAGCCAAUCCUCUACAAGCACUAGCUCGCAGGAGAGACAGAUGGGCAUGCUGCUGCUUAGUGGAGUCGUGGGGUCGAACCCAGAGACCUUCAGACCUCACUAUUGCCAGCUGUUGAGGCUGUUCAGAAGUGUGCUGGAAGACUUGAGCAAUCCUACUGCCCUGUACUACUGCAUAAACACCCUCACCGCCAUCACCUCCUACUUUGGCACUGAGGAGAUGAACCUGAUGCGCCCCAUCAUUCCAAGGCUGAUUACUGCCAUCCAGCGGCUCAUCAAGUCAGAUCAAGAUCAGGCCAGCGAGGCGAUGGAGGUGUUUGACGAGCUGAUGGAAAGUGAUGUUUCCAUCAUCCGCCCUCAUAUUGCAGAGAUAGUUCACUUCUGUGUGGAGGUCAGUGCAGACACCUCUCUCAGUGCCUCCCUGCGCGUGAAGACAUUCUCACCCAUCACCUCCCUCAUUAAACUUAAAAGCAAGGCAAUUUUAAUGCAGAAGCUGCUGAGUCCCAUCUUGCAGACCGUGUUCAGUGUGAUGAGCGCAGCGCCCCCUCCUGGCCAAGAGGAUGCCACAGACGAGAAGCAGGAUGCACUGGACAGUGAUGAUGACGCGAGUCUCAGGCACCAUGCUGCUCAGGUUAUUGAUACCAUGGCACUUCACAUGCCGCCUGAAUUACUCUUAGACCAGCUGAUGCCCCUGACAGAGUUGUGCUUGGCCAGCGAGAAGCCCUGUGAGAGAAAGGCUGGGUUGAUGAGCCUUGCUAUGUUGGCUGAAGGCUGCUCUGCCCAUAUCCAAUCCAAGAUGUUGUCCUCUGUGCUGCAGGUGGUGUAUCAGAGUCUGUCAGACAGUAGUCAGAUGGUACAUAGUGCUGGUCUUUUUGCCUUGGGACAGUUCUCUGAGCACCUGCAGCCUGAGAUCAGUAAAUACAGUGCUGAAUUGAUUCCACUUUUGCUGGGAUACAUUUCUGGUCCGGACCAAGCCAAGACCGUUCAUAUCUCCAAGGUCGUCUAUGCUCUGGAGAACUUCCUGGAGAACCUGGGUGAGGGGAUCCAGCCCUAUCUGCCAACUUUGAUGGAGACCAUGCUUGCUACCCUGAGCAGCUCUGACAGUCUGAAGAUGAAAGUGCUCUCAGUCAGUGCCAUCGGAGCCAUUGCCAAUGCGGCGAAGGAGAUGCUGGUGCCAUACUUCCCCACAGUGAUUGACAGUCUCAGGGGCUUCCUGAUGGACACGCAGGAGGAAGUGAGGUCACUGCAGAUGCAGGCUCUGGACACUCUGUCAGUGCUGGCUCGCACUGUAGGGGAGGAUGUGUUCAGGCCCCUGGCAGCCGAGUGUGUGCAGCUGGGUCUCAGACUGACUGACUCUGUGGAUGAUCCUGACCUGCGGCGCUGCACUUACAGCCUGUUCUCUGCAGUGUCCUCAGUGAGCCCUGACAGUCUAACCCCUCACCUCACUGCCAUCACCACCAUGAUGCAGCUGUCCCUCAAGUCCACAGAUGGAGUCACGACCUACCUUGAAGAAGAUGAGCAGUUUACCCAGCUGGAUGAUGAUGAAGACGAUGAGGGAGAAACAGUUUUGGAAGGAGAGGGAGAAAACGAGGCAGGGAACAGAGGCGUUGCUGGGUUCAGCGUGGAGAACUCCUACAUCAAUGAAAAAGAGGAUGCUUGCAAGGCUUUGGGAGAGAUCUCCUUCAAUACUGGCACUGCGUUCCUGCCCUUCCUGGAGUCCAGUUUCAGGCACGUCUAUGAGCUGCACGAUUUCCCCCACGAGGACAUUCGCAAAGCCGCCUUUGCAGCCAUGGGGCAGUUCUGCAGGGCUCAGCACAGCAUCUGGCGGAAGAAUCCAACCGAGAUCCACCACCAGGCCCUACAGAAGCUCUUGUCUGUGGUGCUGCCCACCUUCUUGGAGGCCGUGAGGCAGGAGCCUGAGAGGCAGGUGGUCAUGGCUGUGCUGGAGUCCCUGAACGCUGUGAUCAGGUCUUGCCAGGGGGAGGCGCUGCACACACCCAGUCGGCUGGCGGAGGUCUUCCAGGCCAUCCGGGACGUGCUCAAGAAAAAGACGGCAUGCCAGGAUGGAGGAGGGGACGAAGACGAUGCUAACGAGCAGCAGGCGGAGCGUGACGCCAUGCUGCAGGAGUUUGCCGGCGAGGGGAUCCCCCUGCUGGCGUCGGCUGUCCCUGCCGAGACGUUCUUCCCCUUCCUCACCGAGCUGCUGCCCCUCGUCAUGAGCAAGGCUAACUCGUCCUCCCCGGUGGCAGACCGCUCCUUCUCUGUGGGCACACUUGGCGAGACCCUGCAGUUGCUAGGGGGUGUGGCAGGGGGCAGGGCAGUCGUCGGGCAGCUGUCCAAUCAGGUGCUGCCGGUGCUAGUAGGCGGAGUUGAGGACAGUGACGCGGAGGUGCGCAGUAACAGUGUGUUCGGACUGGGGGUUCUGGCUGAAACUGCUGGACCUUUCAUUACAAAAGACUAUCCCAUGCUGCUCUUCCUCUUCUCCUCACUCCUGUCCAAAGAGUCGGACAGGAGGGUCAUUGACAACCUGUGCGCUGCCCUCUGCAGAAUGAUCAUGAGCAGCGCUGAGAAUGUACCGCUGGAUCAGGUAUUUCCUGCCCUUCUGUCAUGUCUUCCUCUAAAAGAAGACGUAGAAGAGAACAAGACUGUGUUCAACUGCCUGGGCUUCCUGUACAACCACAAGCCCUCACUGGUUGUGAGUCAUAUGAAAGACAUAGUGUCUGCAUCCAGCCAUGUUCUAGCAAACAAGAAUAUUGAUGCAGAUACCCAGAGCACCUUGCUUUUGUUGUUGAGAGACCUGGCCCAGCAUCAUACUCAAGCAUUUGAGGGGGCUAUGUUGUCACUUCCCAUUGAACAGAGGGCCACAUUUACCACGGCCGUGUCUCAGUCAUAGACCCGCACGCUUACCGAUUACACUGUUCUGAGAAGUUUUCUUUCUUUAUAGCAUCUGUGUUCAGAGAAGUUAGCUUUUGCAUUUUGUCAUUUAUCAUUACAUGGCCACUCUCUAGUUUUUGCAAAGCCGGUUUGAGAGUUUUGAAUAGAAUUUAGAAGAAAAGAUAGCUGUGUUUUCAUUAGAUUUUUUAGUGCUGUAGAAUGGCAUUAUUCUCUCUGUUUCAUUUGUGUCUUCCUGUUAGUUACAGAAUUUCCAGUUUUGGUAAGGUUUCUGAGUAUGAACCGAUGAACUGAACUUUGAAAAAGUACAUGCCUGCACUCUGUGUGGAUGCUGUCAUUCUAAAUGGCCUCAAGUCUUUAUC